AUGCAGCCCUAUGGUCGUCAGUGCAGACAAACUUUCAAGAAGAUGCUAUACCCAUGGCAUCAGUCAAUCCGGCUGAUCCCGACAACAACACAACAAAAACACUCCCUUAUAGUCAUACAACUGCGACAGAGAAUCUACCUACACGGCCAAUUAUUCAAGUCUUCCCACCAGAGUCUAAUCCAAAUUAUGUCACGAUGGAGGAGGAGGAGGAGAAAAUAUUCUGCCUUUCCGGAAGAAAUUUGUGAGCAGAGAAUCGGCCGAGACUACCAGAGUCGCUUCUGGUGCGGGUUUUGUGGAGAGAUUGUGGUACUGCAGAAGAAGGGGUUGGAGGGGGCGAAUGAGAAAUUCGAUCAGGGCUUCUGGGAUCGUGUAUUAGACCUAUUUACAUCGUCAGUACAAACUACAUCUGAUCACGACGAGCGUGCAGGACGACUCAGAGAAUUCUAA